ACAAUGAAGCAUGUGGUUCCUCUGAGAAUCAAACCCAGGACUCUCUGCUCUCUGCUUCUGAGGCAGGCAUGCUAACUGCUACACUAUGGAACAACUGUUAAUGCUACGUCUGUGCUAGCUUGUGUUGGGCUGUGGUCUUCUUCAGUCUCAGCCAGCCAUUAAAAGUGUGUCUCAAUGAAUGAAUGAAUAUAUUAGUGAAUUAAUCGACUGGCUUUGCGUGUCUCUGCAGAAACCAAAUUAAAUCACUAGAUUGAUUUCACACCUGCGUGCAAUCAAGGGUUUAUCCAGACAUUUCUGUCACAUCAGGGAGUGGAACGAAUCAAUUUUCCAACUGUGCGUAAACAUAUACAAAUACAUUGCUGUUACAAUUUAUGAAAAACAUAAAUUGGCGUGAUUCCUUUAAUUAGCAACUGGGAUGCAGACACACAAACAAGACAUCUGGCUUUUGAGAAGGGGGAAACCAAGAAGCAAAUUUGUAGUAUUUAGUCUCACAGUUCAGGUGGUGAAUCCCAUCAGAUUGGUAAAUAACCUCAUCACUCAUCCCUGAGACCAGACCACAAUCACGGGAUCUUUUCUGCACGCCUUUCAUCUGAAACCCGCCAAAUUGGCCUCUUAGCACGAACCCCAUCACUGAGUAAUGGGAGAUCGACAGUACACGGUUUGAAUUAAGCUCAUUUACGUCUGUAUUUCUGGAAGGCAAAAUGAGGUCCUUGAUGAUAAUCACUGAAUAUUUUAUUCAUGACGUGUUCACCGGUGGCUGAAGGUCACCUCAGUCAAACACAGCAAGAUGCACAGUUCUGCUGAAAAACAUCCAUUCGUCAUUCAGGCACUGUCCUUAAUAUCCAUAAACCCACAGGGGGUGUAUUUCCUGUCCUUUAAAAGCACAGAAAAAAAAUACUUUCCCGCAAACAAAUUCACAAAGAUGAAAACCUUCGGUGGGUCACAGAGUGCAACAGGUUAUUCAACUAGUUACAAAAAAAUAAAUAAAAAAUCACAGCAGUAGUAUGUAUUGUGGCUUUGCAAAGUUAUUACGUCAAAAGGACUUCUGUCACCACCUCCACUGGGAUCUGAGGAUUCAGGACUUGGUGGAACUGAAUCUAGAACUUUCUGCAAUGCAGGUGGGAUUUUUUUAACCCAUUGUCAAUUAUAACUUAGUCAACAUGUGACAUGGGACUAUUAGUCAUUAAGUGACAUUAAGUGGUUUUCUUGGAAGGGAAAGAUAAAACAUCUACUACUAUAAAAGUAAAUGUCUAUACAUGUAGGUAUUUGCACGCAGGUCUAUUUCACAAGUACUUUUUUUGUUUUGUUUUUAGGUCAGUGUUCCCUUAACUGAUGAAAAGAGCAGGAAACAGGAGUCUAGGGCCAAUGCUAAAUGUUGUAGAUUUUUGAUCCAUAUAAAUGUGUAUCUCGAAAAAAAAUUAAGUCAAUAUUAUACUGAAAAAAAAAUUUAAUUGUUUUUUCAAAAUGUAACAACCCUCUUGCAGUACCGCCGCUGUCCCAAUGAGGUCGCGCAUUCCCAAUGGAAGACCUCUGGUCUAUUUGUUGCUAUUACCGAUGCACUAGCACUCAACGCCGUUCACUUUUCUCUCUCUCUUUUUUCAUUAGAAACGACAAAUGAGAAAGUGUGAAGAAAACCAGAUGAUCAGGAAUCCCGGCAGAGACUCGUGAAUGAGCGGUGAUUUAUUUACCGACUCUCCCACAAACAGAGAGUGACAUGUAAUAAAUGAAUACAAAUUCUGCUGCUUCCUGGUAAGUGAGUGGACAGGAUUGUACAUUAAUAUGGAUUUAUCCACAUUAUGAGACGUGUUUAUGUAAAACAACAGAAACAAAUGGCUCUGAGCUUUCUUUUGAAUGCAAUUAAACAAACGCCUUCGGCCGAGGCCGACAACAAGCCUCUGAAAAUCAAUGUUUUGUUCUUGAAAACUGCAAAUGUUGUUUGAUUGUUUUUUAAUUACCUCCAGGGCAAAUUUAAAUGUUUCCAUCUAGCCACGGGGAGAUGCAUGGGUCUCACAAAGAGGAAGACAUCUGAUGUAAAAACCUGCACUGUUCUAUCUUUAUUGCAGGUUAUACUUAUUAAAUGUUAACCCAGACAUGAAGUUAAAAACGGAACAACUGAUAAAAUGCAGACUGGAGAAAUCAACUAUAUCAAAGACAAAUGUGGAUGACAAAAGCCACGUGUUGACUGAACUUGACUCAGUGUCAUGUGACUGUGUUGGCUGGUCCAUGUUUUCUAUUAAAAAAAGUCUACGUGCAGUUCUGCUUUGUUUCCACUAGAUGUCACUACAGCCAUAGAAGAUCGACCGACUGGACGCCUGUGUGACUGCUGUGAUUCAGGCAUGUCGACAGAAAGACAUCUAACAGCCGUUAUUGACGGUAAAAUACAGAGUGGACGGCUGGGUUUAAGGAUUCUACAGGAAACCCAUGACGUAUGAUCCAGUUCUUGCACCGACUCUUUAAACACUUUUGUGGGGAAGUGGGGAAAUCAGGACUUAACGCAACACAAAGUGCUCAACCCAUCAGACCUUUAUGUUUGUAUGUAUUUUUUUUAGAUGAAAAACUUUCUUUCGAUGAAUAAUUUGACAGAUUUUUUCUAAAAGGCCACUGGGACAAAACACCAUGAUUCAGCCUAAGCUGCAGUCAUGACUUCAUCUCAUCACUUCCACUGAAGGUUCAGUGACAAUGUCAUCGAAGGUGCUGCUGGGUAUCGUCCUGUCCCUCCUCAUCCUCCUGACAGUCAGUGGAAACGUCCUUGUGUGUCUGGCUGUCUGUGCCUCGCGACGUCUCCGCUGCCUCACCAACUGCUUCAUCGUGUCCCUGGCGGUGACUGACCUGCUGCUCGGCCUCUUGGUCCUCCCUUUCUCCGCCCUCCUCCAGCUCAGUGAUGUGUGGCUGCUCGGCCCAGCCUUCUGCAACUUCUACAUCUCUAUGGAUGUCAUGCUGUGCACGGCUUCCAUCCUAACGCUCCUGGCCAUCAGUGUGGACCGCUACCUGGCAGUGACCCUGCCUCUGAGACAUGCAGCGCUGGUGUUGCCCUGGAGAGUUGCGGUGGCCUUGGUCAGUGUCUGGACCGUGUCUGUGGCUGUGUCCUUCCUGCCGAUUCAGAUGGGAUGGAACACUGUGAACCGAACAGUGCAGAACUACGGGCCCUGGGCGUCUGAAGGGAAAUGUCGCUUUGAGCUGAACCGACCUUUUGUUUUGACCGACUCUCUUCUAACGUUUUACCUGCCUCUAGUGGCCAUGUGCUGGACCUACCUACAAAUACUGCGUAUUGCACGGGCACAGGCCAAACGCAUCAUCAGCGCCCGACCCAGUUGCAUCACCCACUACAACUGCAGGACCAACUCCACGUGCACCACCUUGGUCUCCAGUGUCACCGCGGUGGCUCUGCGGGAACAUAAAGCCACACUGACACUGGCAGCAGUGAUCGGGGCCUUCGUUGUGUGUUGGCUGCCUUAUUUCAUCCUGUUUACAGUUUUGGGCCUAAAGGAGCAUCCGGACCCCAGCACAGUAUCAGCAUAUCCCUUUGUGUUAUGGCUGGGUUAUGCCAACUCAGCCCUCAACCCUAUCCUCUACGGAGUCCUCAACAGGGACUUCAGGUCAGCCUACGCCCACCUACUGAGAUGUAAAUGCCCUAUUUACAGUGGACGGAGGAGCAGGCAGCCAUCUGACUGUGUAACAGCAGCUAAAGUGCAGGUCACAGAGGUCACACUGCUGUGUGGUCACACCGCGUCCAUAUGCAAGGUCGACCUGAGAGGUCAAAACUUUUUGCUUCAAGAGACAGACAGUAGAACAACCACAGCUGCGGGAGAUACCCAGUUUGAAAAGGGCACUGCAGCCACAGAUGUCAGUGGCAAAGAAAGCCUGUGAACCCAAGUCGUGCUGAGUUGCCUGCAGUGGGAAUAAAACACAGGACCAGAAUCAAUCCUGAGGAGAAAGCACACCAGGGAGAUGAAACGGACCGACCAAGAUUUACAGCCCCUCCGUGUGGACGUCUUCACUGGCGCAGCAGAAGUCACACAAUACUCCAUUUGUCCUAAGCUGUCCACAUCUGCAGAAGGACAAAUGUGAGACAUUCAUGGGCUCUGCAGUUCCAUACAUCACCAAGAAGAAGGUGAAGAUCUUGGACCAAACCAGUCCUGUCACUGUGGACCAGCGGUAAAGACAAAGUCACUGACUUGUUGCCUGUUGACCUUCAGACCAUCAGGGUGGCCAACUACCGUUUUUGCUGGGUUGGGGUGAGGGCAGUCAUUGGGUGAGGGUGAGGUACACCCAAGAUCGGGGUUCGGCAACAUGUGACGUUGUACAGCUAUUUUGGGCUCUUUGCAUUGGUGCCCUACAAUAUUAUAUUUGAUGAUUGUGAAGCAAAUUAACCUAAAAGUGAUUUUUUUUUAAAUCAUGAAAAAUUCAUAAAUCAAAUUGAAGAGUGUAAAGUUGCUAACAUUUCCGCUGUCUUGACAGUUUGUUCAGUGGCAUAGAGCUAGCAGAGGUAUUGCAUUGCUACUACUUCUAUAAAAGACUUGAUAACUAGAACUGUGCUGUACCGCUAUAUAAAACUACAGCAAGUAUGUUGUACCAAUAAAGAUCAGAUUAAAUGGUGAAUGUAG